AUGAAGUAUCUUGUUUGUUCAUCAGCUUCAUUUAUUCUUUUUGCCUAUGUGUUACCUGCAGCACAUUGUAUCCAAUCUUUUGUUCCUGCCAUGUUCAUAUUUGGGGACUCUAUUUUGGAUACAGGAAACAAUAAUCAGCUUCUUACCAUUGUACAAGCCAAUUUCCCACCCUACGGAAGGGACUUUGUUGAUCACAAAUCAACAGGAAGAUUUUGCAAUGGAAAACUAGCCAUAGACUUCAUUGCUGAGGCAAUUGGUUUUACCAAAUAUCAACCAGCUUACUUGAGUGACGAGGCUCAAGGGAACAACUUGUUAAUUGGAGCCAACUUUGCAUCAGCUGCAUCUGGUUACUAUAAUUUUACAGCAAGGUUAUGGAAUACCAUCUCUUUGGAUCAGCAAUUGGAGAACUUCAAGGAGUACUUGAAUAAGUUAACAGCCAUUACAGGGAAAUCCAAUGCUUCUUCUAUUAUAGCUGGUGGAAUCUAUCUUAUCAGUUCUGGGAGCAGUGACUUCCUUCAGAACUUUUAUAUUAAUCCUUUAUUAUUUACAACCUAUACAGCUGAUGAGUUCUCCAAUCUUCUUAUUAGCUCCUUUGAUAAUUUCAUCCGGAAAUUGUAUGAGCUUGGAGCAAGGAGAAUAGGAGUUACAAGUUUGCCACCACUUGGGUGCUUACCUGCAGCCAUCACAAGUUUCGGGUUCGGUAGAAAUCAGUGCGUGGCUCGGUUGAACAGCAAUGCAUUUUCAUUUAACAACAAACUCAAUGAUCGGUGUCAAAGCUUGAAGAGCAUGUUUUCUGAGCUGAAUUUAGUUGUGUUAGACAUCUACACCCCUCUCUACGACCUUAUCAUGAACCCUGCAGACAAGGGUUUUUCGGAGGUAAGAAGAGGUUGUUGCGGGACUGGAUUGCUUGAAACCUCUAUUCUGUGUAAUCAACACUCCAUCGGAACAUGUGCCAAUGCAUCUGAAUAUGUAUUUUGGGAUGCUUUCCAUCCAUCUGAAACUACAAAUCAGCUUUUAGCUACUCAACUCCAAUCACAAGGAAGUUCUCUCCUUUCUAAUCUGCACUGA